AUGGUCGACAGGCCCGUGGAGACGGCCAAGCACGUCUACUCCCACGCGAAACAGGUGGGCAAGGGCAUCGGCAGCGACGCGAAGCGCGGCAAUAUCCUGGGCGCCGCCGUCGGCGUGAUCAGGGGCGCCGUGUCCAUCCCCGUGUCGGCCGCCAUCGGCCUCGUCCACGCCACCGUCAGCGCCCCGCUGAGCACGCUCUCCGCCGUGGCGAAGAAGCCGCAGACGCCGAGGGAGCGGGCGGUCGCGUACCUGGCCGUGGCGAACCGAGACUGGCUCCAGGCUCGGGGUCUGCGGGCGGAGAUUAUGGAUAGCGGGGAGCUGGGCGACCUCGUGGGCGCGUCUGCGGAGGCCUUAGUCAACUGUGCGGGUACAGCUGGUAGUGCUGACGCGGCUGGCCAGCUCAAGGCGCUGCAAAAGUAUCUGAAGCCGCUAGAGUUCAAGGAGCCGGGAGACUUGCAACUUGGGGUGGAUAGCCUUUGGCUGGUUUUGACGUGA